GAGAGAAAAAGGAUAUACUGGAGCGAAACGGAAAACCCUAGCCUGUUCUUAAACCCAAAAGUUGUAAAAGAGAACCAACAUCCUCGCUUGGUCCUGGUACCGACGCAAAGCAACAUACAAGUUAAAUCACAAACAUGGUUUGGUUUCAAUGCGAAGAUUGUGGAGACAACCUCAAAAAACCCAAGUUGUCGAGUCACUUUCGGACUUGCUCCGCUUACAAAUUGUCGUGCAUUGACUGUGGGGAAAUAUUUGGGCGUGACACCGUUCAGGAUCACACACAGUGCAUUACAGAAGCUGAAAAGUAUGGUCCAAAAGGCCAAGGCAAAACUCUGAGUGCUGCAACUGCCACGCCUAACAAGGAUAACAAACAGAGGCCUGAAGUUGAUAUUAAUGUGGGUUUAUCUGAGCGGCCUCCUUGGUUCUGUAGUCUUUGCAAUACAACAACUACAAGUAAGCAAACACUUCUUCUCCAUGCUGACGGAAAGAAGCACAGGGCAAAGGCGAGAGCAUUCCAUGCUUCAAAGCAGCAACCAAUCCAGGCAGAUAAAUCUGCUACCGAUGAUGCUAAGACUGUUGUGGAGACUGGUCCUAAUGACAAGGUGAGAGAUGACAGUAAUGUAGAGGUGCCAAAAUUGAAGGAGUCUUCUACACAAAAUGACUCCAAACAAGGGAAUGGAACUUCUUCAGCAAAGAAAAAGAGGAAACUUGAAGCAUUGGGGGAUGGGAAAUCUGUUGACCUUGUUAAAAAAAACAGGAAUGACACUUCGGUUGACAUGGGAAAUGGAGAAGUAAUUCAGGGUGAAAAAGCAACAGGAAAGAGCAAUUUGAAGAAAGAAGGGAUGUUAGAACCUUGCUGUACAAUUGCUGUCAAAAAUAAAAUAAAAUGGAAGAAAUUUAUCAAAUCAGCCUUGAAAUCACAUCCUGAUGGAAUUUUGAAGAUGAAGAAACUUAGAAAAGUUGUUCUCAAAGCACUGCAAGAAUCUGGCAUUGCAGUGGAUGAAGCUGAAUUGAGCAAGGCGCUUGAGCAGAAGAUCAAUUCCAGCUCCAGAUUUACAGUCGAGAACAAGUACGUGCGAUUGGUGGCUAAAAACUGACCGAUCCAGUUAGGGUUCUUAUGACUAGGAGUCCUGCAAUUUUUCCUAAUUGUCUUGCUGCUUGGUAGACAUUCAUUCAUGAAAAGAUCCAUAUAGAAAAAUUUUGGGAACGAAUACAUUGUUGUUGCUUUAUGCAAAUAUUCAAUUAUUAUUUUGUCUAAAAUCCAAAAGAAGGGCUGAGAGAUUUUUUUGGUUUGUUGAAUUACAAGCAAUUAAUUGUAGAA